UCUAAAAGGCCUAUCAUAUGUACACUCUUCAAGACUAUAGCGUAUAGAAACGCAAGACAUCCUUAGAAAUGUUUGAGUGGUAAAGCUCGAGACAAAUCCGAUUACUGUUUUGUCAAACGGGGGGUUGUGUAUUUCCGAGAUGUUUUUAUUUAUUUUUUUAAUUGUAGGUGGGGCACAGUCGUAGUUUUAUCUGUCAAAUCUCUGGAGUGCUACAGAAUCGUAGACUGGCAUCGUAUUCCUGUCUUGGUUAAUUAUUUUUUUCUGCAGCGGUUUGGCAUCUGUGAUGAAGAAGAUGCUGUGCUUGAACAGUGUUAGUACUUGGUUUUUACAUCAGAGACGGAAUUUCCUUCAUUCUGUCAGACUAUGCUUUGUAUAUUGAGUUGGUGAGCUCCAGACGGACAAAGACGAGCUGCGGCUUUGAGGAAGGUAAAAAAAGCUGAAGACUACUUUUUGGGUUGACGUUAUAGUAAUAAGAGCUGAAAUGAAGUUACUGGAAAACUCGCGAUUUGAAGCAAUAAAUUCACAACUGACUACCGAGAUGGGGGAUGCUUAUAUCAUUGGCAGAAUUGAGAGUUAUUCAUGCAAGAUGGCAGGAGAUGAUAAGCACAUGUUCAAACAGUUCUGUCAGGAUGGGCAACCUCAUAUGCUGGAAGCACUUUCACCACCACAGACCAGUGGAAUCAGUCCCAGCAGAUUAAGUAAAAGUCAGGGUGGGGAAGAAGAAGGCCCUCUCAGUGACAAGUGCUGCAGAAAGACCCUGUUCUACCUCAUUGCUACUCUGAAUGAAUCUUUUCGACCAGAUUAUGAUUUUAGUGCAGCAAAAAGCCAUGAGUUCAGCCGAGAACCCAGCCUUAAUUGGGUGGUAAAUGCUGUGAAUACUAGUCUGUCCUCUGCUAUAGGAGAGGAGCUCAGUGUACUGAAGUCAGAGCUCUGGAAUGCCAUUGAUGAAGAGAUUAGCCUUUCAGACUGUGUCAUUUAUAGCUAUAAUCCAGAUCUGGAUUCUGAUCCUUUUGGAGAGGAAGGCAGCCUAUGGUCUUUUAAUUAUUUCUUCUACAAUAAGAAGCUGAAGCGUAUUGUUUUCUUCACUUGCCGCUCAAUCAGUGGGUACUUGUAUGCUUAUCCUGAACUAAGUGAAAUGGACAUGGAGUUGGCAGAGGAAAAUCAUGAUGAAGAGGAUGAUGAAAUGGACAAUAUAGAGGAAGAAAGGUUGGUAUUGAUGUUCUCAGCGGUCAUUCUUCCUCUAGUGUAUUACCUGAAGAAGCAUAAGUGGAGUGUGCUGAAAAGCAGGAAGAUUGCCUAUAGACCGCCUAAAUCAUCACAGUUCAAGCCACCAGUGUCACCCAUUGUACAGUCUUUUCAAAAUGAGGUUCUCAAGGAUUUACAUCUGCAUUUGAGCAAGUAUAAUAUGAUCAAGGAUAAUCUCAAUAAACAAGAAAGAUCAUGUGUUGAAGAUCUUAAGAAUCGUGACAUUCCCAUUUUGCCGGCAGAUAAGGGUGGGGCAGUGGUGGUUCAGAAUUGGGUAGAUUAUGAAGCAGAGGCAGAGCGACAACUAUUCAAUAAAUCUCAUUAUAAGGAAAUGUGUAUUGACCCAACCAGUAAGUUCAAACAAGAUAUUGAUACAUUUUUGGAUCUAGCAGAAGAGGAGGGUAUCAUUACUUGA